GAACGGAGCUGAAACGCUACACUUAGUUCGCGCGGAGACUCGUUAUAGAAAGGUCGCACGAUUUGUUUAUUUGGCGAAAGACAAUACGCCAUUCGACUACGAAAACUUUUGAAGUGGUGAAAAUAUAUUAUAGUUCUUUGUGAUUUUUUAUAGAAUUUAAGCAAAGCAGUCAGAACCACGGUACUCAGUUCUUAAUGACCUUCGUUAAAAAAUGUGGGUUCUGUUGUUUCUGACGUGCUUAUGGGGAACUGCAAACUCGGAGAACGAAGCGGCGGACGUCGGCGCAGUACAAUGGGACUGGCAGAUGAGCCCUGUGGGGCCAGCCACCGUGGGGCACUACUUUGUCAAGCUUCCUGAGGCAGAGCAGCGCGUCCGCUACGUGGCGGACGGCAGCGGCUACCACGGCGCCGUGGCCGUGACCACGAGUGACCACGACCACGUGCACACCACUAACUUUGCGCUCGGCGAACGUGCGCUGCAACUUAGCUCUCAGAUUCCACCACAAAUGUACAAUCAACAAACCACUAAUGAAAGCCAAGCAAACCAAGAAAGCAAUAUACAAGAAGGUCAUAAUCCACUUCAAAUAUUUCUGCUCAGAGGACAGUAUCCAGUACAGAGUCAUUUCUUCCAAGUGAUUCCCGAAAACACUGUACAGUUUACUCCCUUCCCUAAUGUGUAUUUACCUAACAACCAAAAUCCACCCACACCCUCAUCACAUUAUAAACUUAACACAGAACAUGCAGACGACAGGCAAAAUACACAAAAAGAAAAGCAUGAAAAUUUAUCGAAUGACAGAAAUAACGACGAAAUCAUAGAAACCAAAGAAAAUGGGCCAGUAGUACGUGUUUUUAAGGAUCACAACUGUCCUAGCGAUGAUCUAAAUGAUAAUAUUAAUUUGCAGCAAAAAAAUGCAAAUAGUUUACGAAAAUCUGCUAAUUUAAAUACUGAUGAACCUUCAUAUAAGGAAUACAGUAUUCACGGUAAUUUUGGCGAACGAGAUCUUAAGCAACCAACUAAUCAAGGGAUAAAUAAUUACAAAAUAGAUAAUCCAGAUGAUAGAAAUGAAAGAUAUUAUUACUCUACAGAAAUAAGCCACAGUACGACGCCUAAUCCUGUAACUUUUACUGAGGAAGAAGGUAUCUCAAGAUUAGUAGCAUCAACACAAGAUCUCAUUACAAACGAAGAUCUAUUAAGAAUUAAUCACGCUGCAGAAAGAGCUAUUACAGGUUACGGUGAUGACUAUAUUAAGCCUAAGCGUCGGUUAAACUCUAAAACAAUUGCAUAUAAUGGACACAAGCAAAAUAAGCCAAGAAGUAGAAUAACUGUUACUGCAAAAAUUGGUAAUAUUGUUAACAGUAGAAUAGAACACCCAGAAACUUAUAGAGAACAACCCCAUGACACAAACAAUCAUGAUUACAGAUUUGCUUCACCUAUAAUUGUAGCUGAUCCUAAAUACAGUAAUUACAAGGAGCAAAUUGUUAAUAAUUUAGUUUCAACUAUGGUUCCGUAUAUACAAGAUGGAUAUGAAGUCGUAGGUGUUAGAAACAGUAUAGACGAAAAUAAUAACAAUAACAAUGAUGCAAGUAAAUCAGGCGAAGAUUUAGUAAACAUAACUCCAAGGCCUAUAAGUCAAAAUUACUUGGCACCAAUUACAGUAGCAUUAAGGCUUUUGAACUCAAACAACUCAGAAAUCUUCAAUACCGUUGACGAUCACGAAGCGUCUGACAGCGAGUUCAUUGAGAAAACUGUUGAAAACUCAGACAAUGGUAAAACGAUAGUAGAAAUACAAGAAUCCAUACCCGUAGAGAUAACUCACAUAAAUGACGUCGAAUAUCAUGAAUAUUUGGAUGAAGGAAGAAGCAAUAAUGGAAAUCCUUAUGGGAUUGUAAAAUCUUUUUAUCAAAAGUACUUACAAAAUGAAAAAACAAAUAAAAAUGCACAAAAUGACUAUGUUCGUAGUCAAGAUAACGAAAAUUCCAACGAAAGCUCCGACGAUUAUGAGAACAAUAACAAUGAAGAUUCAAAAGAAACAUUAGAACCGAGCGAAAAUAUUCAAUCAACUGUUCAAGUUCAAGCGACUUCUGAUAACAGAAAUUUGUAUGCAAAUUACUAUGCAGAAAAUAACGGUAAAAUAAUCCAGCCUAUCAUAAUAGAGAAACAAGUGCCAGUAACUACAUACGUUGAUCGUUUCAUUGAGAAGAAAGUUCCAUAUCCAGAACCAGUAGAGAUAGUUAAACAAGUGCCAGUAGAUAGGCCCGUUCCCGUCCCAGUUCGAUACGAAACGAUAGUUGAAAAGCCUGUAGAAGUGACUAAGUAUGUAGAUAAACCGUACCCUGUUGAAGUACUCCAACCGUAUCCAGUAGAAGUAAGGGUACCUUAUCCUGUAGAACAUAAAGUUUACGUUGAUCGUCCAGUACACAUUCCUUACCCGGUAGAAAAGGUUAUUGAAAAACAGUUUGUGCACCCAGUACCUAUCCCAACUCCAGUAGGAAUACCCAUCGGCAUCCAAGUUCCUGUAGAAAAGAAAGUUUUGUAUCCAGUUCAUAUAGAAACACCUGUUCCAGUAGCUGUGCCAGUAGAAAAGCCUGUUCCUGUUGAGAAAAUUGUCGAGAAAGAAGUUCCAGUACCCUAUCCAGUAGAGAAACAAGUUCCAUAUCCAGUUAGACAUGAAGUUAAAGUCCCAGUUCCAUAUCCCGUUGAAAAAAGGAUUCCUGUACCAGUUGAAGUGCAUGUUCCUAAACCUUAUCCAGUAGAUCGGGUUAUUGAGAAAAAAGUUCCAUACCCUGUAACAGUGGAACGAAUUGUUGAGAGAAAAGUCCACGUAAAAGUCCCUUAUCCAGUGAAAACGUUUGUCGAAAAAAUUGUCGAAAAGCCGGUUGUCAUUACGAAAUACGUUGACAAACCUUAUCCAGUAGAGAAAAGAGUUCCCUACCCUGUCGAGAAAAUUGUAGAGAAGAAAGUCCCAUAUCCUGUGCAUGUUCCAGUAGCGGUUAAAGUUCCAUACCAAGUCGAGAACAACGUUCAACAUCCCGACGUUCCUUACCCCUUCGAAAAAGUUGAGAAACAAACAAUUUACACAUACGGAAUUAACCAAGACGUUUUAUCAAACGCUGCAAGUUAUCUGAGGUACAAUCAAGAACAAUAUAAACAAGCAUUACCGAGUUACGUGCAUAAUGACGAUUUAAGCACACAGCAGCAGGCCGAAUCACAAAGGAAUUACCAAAUACAGCUCGCAAAUGCACAGAUCUUGAGGAACAUACAAAACGCUACACCCGUUUACUCAACUCAGUGGGGAAACCAAUACGCAUCAACUUACCAAUACUCUAACACAACUUCGGACAAACAUCAACAAGUAUUAAAUCAACCAAGUACAAAAUACUUUGGACCUCCUCCUUUAAAAAAUUACAAUGACCAGUGGGGAAAGAACAAAGAUUAUACAGAAAGAUUUAGAAGAACUGAUAGAACGCCCAAAGUUACUAAUUUGAGGAUAGAAUACGGUGGAUUUAAGCCUCCAUUAAUACCAAGCACUGAGAUAGAUUUGGAUGGUUUACCUAUAAAUAAAAACAAGGAACAUUCUUAGAUUAAUCUUAUUCUUGAGAUAAAAGGUGUCAUAAAUGUAACCGUCAUUUUUUUUGGAGUUACUUUAUGUAUUAUAUUUUGAAAAUCAAUGUAGGUAUACAAAUAUUGUGCCUUGCUGUUAGAUUAAGAAUUAGACAAAGAAUUUACGUUUAACAUGAUAAGUAUACUCAAUUAAUUUAAAGCUUUAAUAAAAUAUUUUUAAUUUCUUUUUCUUAUAUUGUUAAAGCUAAAAUUAUCUUUUCUUCAGUUUUUGAAACGCUGAUCAAUGGUAAAAAAAAAUAUAUCUUACCUCAUAAACAGCAACUACAUUUUACCAUCAAUUUAGCACGUAUUUCGAUAUGGGAUCCCGGAUUCCUGGGAUUGCCGAGUUGUCGUUAGUUGAAAUUGGAACAUUCAUAGUUUGAUAAACGAAUUGAUUAGUAUUACCCUGUAGGUAGUCAAUAAUUUUAUUAAUGUCGUAUAUACUUAGGUACUCUAUUAAAUUAUUAUUUGUUUAGGUGUAAAGAUUGUUGUACAAUUUUAAGUUUAAGAUUACUUAAUAAUUAAAUUAGAAAAUAAUAAAAAAAUUAGUACAGUAUUAUUUUAGUCAACAGUGACGGGAUAGUGUUGUAUAAUGAAACAUUUCUAGUAACCCUUAAGUUAUAAUUUAAGAAAUUAAAUUAUGCGCAUGUCGGAUAUAUGUACUUUGGUAGAUGAGAUUUGUAGCUUCACAGAAAUGUACGGUUUUAAAUCUUUUAUAUGUCAGAGUAAAAUUUAUUUAGCACGUCUAGUAAUAUAGCUUAAAUUACAAUGUCAGCUCCCUUAGCGGAAAAUUUGAGAAAAAAAAAUAGUUAUCUUAGGUAUAAUAAGAACAAGAAACAGUAUGAUUUUAUAAUACUCGUAGAAAACUUAAGUUAAAAUUUUGUUUAAACUAAAUAGAUAUAUAGUUAGGUACGAUACCUUAUAUAAUGAAUUCUUUUUUGUCGAGUUGAAUCUAGGAGCCAUAAUUGUUUAAUUGUAUUGUUUAACGUUACGUUACAUAUAAUAAAUUUUGUUAUUGUUGAAAAUAUAAAUAAAGUGUGGUCAA